GCGUUGGCCAAUACGAUCUGCAACUUUAGACAUCAGACUGCAAGCGGUCAGCCAGGUGAACGGCAGCCAACACAGCCACCUCGCACAAAAAAAAUACAAUCAAAAUCAAAGGGGGAAAAAUUGCAAAACCAAAAGCUUUGAAGAUUCCUGUGGAUUAUUUUAGCAAGCAUUUUGGAGACACAGAAAAAGUUAAGCGACAAGUGGUGUUAUAUCCCCAAGGAGAUCAAGAGAAAUCUUCAAGAUGAAAAGCGCCAAGCGCUGGCUGUUCAUGACAGCAACAGUGCUGCUGCUGAGCCUGUUGGCCUGCUCAGAGGCUGCCCUGCCCUUCAAAAAGGUCUCCAUUGCCAAGACACCCGCCUCUACAAGCAGCACCACCAGCACCAGUACAACCACAGAGGACACACCCGUCGAAGAGGAGAACACACCAGUGCCACCCAGUGGCGAGGGCAGCAGCAGCAGCAGCAACAGCGACGUUGCCAAGGCGGACAAUAACACUCGCACGUCGACAAAGAACUCCAAGCUGACGGGCAUACCGCAAAUCGAUUAUAUUUGGGAUCCCAAUCUGCCAAGGGAACUGCAUGGCUUCAAUCUGUCGACUUAUCCCUUCCUGUCGACGGUGCCACCCAUGGAUGAGAUCCACUUCAAGUGCGAGGGCCUCCACGAUGGUUUCUAUGCCUCCAUUGAGUACAAAUGUCAGAUAUAUCAUCAUUGCGUCUAUGGGAUACGGCACGAUUUUCUGUGCGCCAACUUCACGGCCUUCGAUCAGAAGACAUUCAUCUGUCACUUUGCCUCCGAUGUGGACUGCGAGGGAUCCCAAAAGUACUGGAGUAGGAACGAUGCACUCUAUAUGGCCACCACUACCACCUCCACGACCACCACAACCAUUGCGCCGCCGCCCACGCAACCGGCUGCACCGCGUCGUCGGCUGCAGAGACCACAGCGACCGCUGAGGCGGCCGUACAACCGGCGACCCAUCGAUGACUACUACUACGAUGAGGAGGAUCAGUAUGAGGACGAGUAUUACGAGCGACCGACGCGCAGGCACAAGACCAGGCCGCGUCAGCGCAAGCCCCAGCUGGACGCGGACUACGAAGAUGAGUAUGAGGAGAAGCGGGUCGAGCCUGAAAAGCCGACAAGACGCAACCGAAAUCGGUACAGGGAUGAGGAGGAGUCGCUGGACGAGGACUACGAGGAGCGGCCGGCAAUCCGUAGGGGAAAACCCACGCCGGGAGCCGCUGGCCGGAAGGUGGCGCCGCCUCGAAAGCCCGGACGAGCUGAGGAGCGACGCAGCUUCAAUGACGAUCGACCGCUGGCCAGGCGCCGCAGCAACGAGAAGCGCACAACGCCCUCGUCCGCCAUCGACGAUCUGGAUGAGUACGAGAAGCCGUACGGCGGCACGGACCAGGAGGAGGCUGCCGAGGAGCAGACGCCGCAGAAGGUGAAGACCACACCGAAACCCCUGACGGAAUAUAUCACGCCCAAGGCGGCCGCCGCCUCUGUCUACGCCCGUCCCAGGGCUCCCCCAAAGAUCGCCCGCCCCGUGCCCAUCACCGAGAAGAAGAAGUACUCCUAUCCGGUGCAGAAGAACACGGCCACCGCCCAGCCGCCGUCUGGGAAUGGGCAGGAUGAGGAGGACUACUCCCAGGAGCAGGCCCAGGAAGAUGACUACGAGCAACCGCCGCCGCCGCCGGCCAGGAACAUCCCCCGACGGCGCACGCCCCCAGCGCCCAGGGCGGAGCAGCAAAAGCCCACACGGGCCACGCUGCGGAAGCCCGUGACGGACAAGAAGCCGCUGGAGGAGGAUUAUGAUGAGCCGGCCGAGCAGCCGGAGCCACCACGCAAGCGGAAGCGUCCUCUGGCCCCCAGAUCUCGCGCCCCAGCGGCCGAUGUGGACUUCGAGGACGAGGACUACGAGGAGAGCCCUGCCCCAGCGCCAGUAGCAACAGCAGCUCCGGCACGUGGCAUCCUGAGGGGUCGCUCCAAGGCAACGACCACUAGAAAGCCCAUAGCGCCACGUCCCCGCCAGCCCAUCGUGGAAGAGGAGGACACGGCAGAGCCCAGCAUCAGCGAGGAAGAGGCGCCCGCAUCCCCGAUUGCUCCCCGCUCGAGAGCGAAUUCCCUGGGCGGAAGGACGGCGCCAGGAAAAAGCGCACAGCGCCCCUCAUCGGUACGUGUGGUCAAGCGACCCUUCCUGCCCUCACGGGGCGGUAGCCCCUAUCUGCCGCGUGGCCUUCAGCCAGUGGGCGUGGCCCUGAAGCCAGUGCCGCCAGUGACGACAGACAGCACGCCCAUCGAUAUGGGUUCGACCAUCUCGGGGGUGCGUCUGCUGGAGCACGGGGCCCCGUUGCUGCGAGGACGGCCCGACAGCAGCGAGGACGAGGUGGUGGAGGAGGAGGAGGAGGAGGAGCAGAACGAUGAGGAGGCGCCUCCGUCUCCGAGUCCGCCGCGUACCACGCUGCCGCCUCGCAGCGCCCUGCCGGCCACGCCCAAACAGCAGCAGCAGCAGCCGCCGCCGAAACUGAAUCUCGACGAGCUCUAUGAGAACGACUACGAUGUGACGCUGAACGAUGCGCUCGAUCCCACGCUCAAGCCGCUCUCGCCAGUGCCACAGCAUCAGCUACAGCUUCAGCAUUCGCAUCCGCUUCCAUAUCAGCCGCAGGCACAGCCGCAGGGUCGUCCAUACGCCAGUGCCUAUACAGCUCCUACUGGUGGCAGCUCCGCCUCAUCCGCCUACAAUCCAUUCGCCUAUCAGCAACAGUAUCAGCAUCCGAAUCAUCCGCAGCAAUCAUCCGCAACAUCAACAUCCGCUUCAGCUUCAGCAUCAGCAUCCGCAUCAGCCCAAUCGCGAUCCCAAUCGCAGUCGCAGCCAGCGAGCUACCAUAGUGAUUCCUAUUUCUCAUCGACAGAUAUACGCAGGCGGGCGAUUGUCCCGUCGCAAGCCGCGCGUCCACAUCGACACGAAUACGCUGCUCCCAGAGGACCAGCCGCUGGAGGAGCAGGAGCAGCAGCAGCAGCAGCAGCAGCAGCAGCAGCAGUCGGCGGUCCAGGAGUGAGUCAAAACCAUCAAAUGGGUGGACGGAUUGCCCAGCAUUUCUACGAUGAAUUUGCCUAUUGAAUGCGGUAUACAAAGUGUGUUAUAAGAUGAUCUUUCCUUUUUGGCUUGCAGUUUCUUCAGCUGUAAAUAAGUUUCCCCAACCCCCCACCCCAAACCACCAAAACCCCCCAUGAGAGCAAGCGAGGAGGAGUGGAAGGAUUCGUGUCCCCCAUACUUUAGUCUACUCGUAAUUCGUAAUUCCCCCAUAAGGUUAAGAGAAGAACUUAACUCCUUACGUAUAAUACCCUAUGAUACAUUGUAUAAUACUCAAUUGUCGUGAUAGUAGCCGGGACAAAACACGUUUGCGCAUUUGUCUGUCCUUAAUCUCUUUGUCCCCAACAUCGUCCACCAUCAACACCACCACCAGUACCACCCGUAGCCCCUACUAGAGGCAACCAACAUCCAGCAGGAAGGAAGUAGGAAGCGGAGCGCAGGCAGACCAGCAAUACAAGCGGCCAAUGUCCUUAAUGUACAUUUAGAGAGAAAAGCAAUUUACUUAAAUUCCUAAUUUAAAUUCUGUAAUAUUUGUAAGCUUUGUCCAGAGAAGACUUAAGUCCGUGUGCUUAACUAAACUAAAUACAUAAUAAUAAAAUAAAACAACACAAAUGGAACA